AUGGACGGGAAGAGGAAGAGGAAGAGGACACCAAGGCUUCCUCCCUACCUGAAGGAAGAGGUCAUCAUCGAGAUCCUGGUGCGGCUGCCUGUCAAGGCCCUGGUGCGUUUCAAGUCUGUCUCCAAGGCCUGGCGAGCCAUCAUCUCCGACCCCAUCUUCAUCCAAGCGCACCUCCGGCGUUCAGCCUCCAAUUGGCAGGAGGACCCAUGCUUCAUCUACGUCGUCGCUGAUGAGGACGGACCAGGGCGCUGGCCAACCACCUUCUGCAAUCACAUUCGCUUCUACCAAUGGCAGCUAGGUAACAAGGUGGCGACAUUCAUCCAUGACGACAACGAAUAUAGUUGCAACAGCUUCGACCAGCGCUACUUCUCGCACUGCGACGGCUUGGUGCUUGCUCCCACCGACACCCGCCUCUACGUCUUCAACCCAGCCACCAGGGACGCCAUCACGCUGCCGGAAAGUGGCCGCAACGAUCUGAAGCGACGAGGUGGUGAACCACGAGCAUGCUAUUGUUUCGGUCUUGGCCUGGAUCCGCGCAUCGGCAAGUACAAGGUAGUCCAGGGCUUCUACUGGUCCAAGGAUUGCACAAGCAUGGGGAUGGAGGUGUGCACCAUUGCAGACGAUGACGACCACCGUGGCAUUUGGAGUUGGGGGAAGAUUAGGAACGAUCCUCCAUACCUUCCCCAGGGAUGUCAGACCGCCCCGAGCAUCAACGGGUACAUGUUCUGGCGCAUUGCUGAUCAGCCUGGUAAGCAGCAGCAGCCUCCACGGGCUCUCCUCCACCUUAGCCUGGACGACGAGGAGUUCGGCAUCACCAGGCUGCCGGAUUCAUUGGACCCAUCUCUAGUUCAUACCUUUCAUCUAGAUGUGCUGCACGGCCGGGAGCUGUGCCUGACAGCCCGUACCAUUGGGACAAUGUUGACCAUCUGGACAUUACCGGUAGUUGACAAGGGCCUCAACUCACCAUGGGAGCGCCGUUACUCCAUCAAUGUCUCUGGUAUUUUCCAUACAAUGGCUCUUCCACCUUGCAGCAGCAGUGGAAUCAUCUUGCGGCGAGCAGAAGCUAUCUACCGCUACGACUUGAAGACUUGUAAGCUCACCACGUUGUGUGAGAUGGACCGUAUGGCGUUGCAGGGCCGCCGCACGAAGCGCCAACGGAAGUACGACCUCUUCACCUUCGACAUCAAGCGCUACACCGAGAGCCUCGUUCGGAUCACCAACCGCCUGCAAUAG